AUGAGCAUCGUGGAGCUGUGGACCCUCUAUGCACUCGCUGUCUCCUUCACGUGUCUGCGAACAUACGCCAGGAUUACCGCCGUGGGCCUCCGCGAGCUACAAGUAGAUGACUACCUAGUAUGGAUUGCUAUCGCUGGUCUUGGGAUGUACACGACCCGCAUUCACAUCGCUUUCGCGUCCAUCAUCACCAGUUUUGUGAUCAUCAUACUCACCAUAUACCUCUCCUGUCGACCAUUCUGGCGCUACUGGCAGAUCAAUCCCGAUCCCGGAAAUGCGUGUCAAGCAGCGAUAUCGAAGCGUCUGAUCUGGGUCACAUUUGUCUUUAACGUAUCCACCGACGUUUAUCUGCUACUAAUACCAAUUCCUAUGUUAUGGAAGUCGAGAUUGAGGACGUACAAGAAGAUUGCCGCCAUGCUCGUACUUGGCGCUGGCAUGCUCGUUAUUGACCCUUUGAACAGUGCUGAGCUCACCGCCUCUUGGGGUACUCGCGAGACCUUCAUCGCCAUAUUUACGACGAACCUUCCUAUGAUCUUCCCAUUGCUCAAAAACUGGCUCACGCCUUUCCUACCCAGUACGAUCGGCUCCAGCAACGCAAAAGGGCAAGAGCCUCCAGGCAGUGACUUUGAAACCAUUGGGGGCGGAUCCGGGCCCGGUGGAAACCGGGCGAGCCGGAGGGUACCGCACCGGGCGCGCCACGAUUUCGGGGGCCUGACGCUCGACAAUGAAAGUGAAGAAGACAUGAUCAAAGGAGACGAUGUGGCUAUGCAUCGCAUGCAGCGCAACGAUCUUGAAGCAGAUGGGAAGAACACGAUCGUCGUGUGCAGCGAGGUCAGCGUGCCGUCCGAAGAUCAUAGCGGUGUCCAGAGAAAGGCAUCUUUCCAAAUCAUGUAG